UCACGAGAUUUUAGGGCUUUUGCAGCCCUCUUUUUAAAGUAAAAUAGGGUUUGUGGGCAAAAAUGAGAGCUUCGCUCCAUCGUCCCGGCGAAGAUCUGCACAAGCGCGACGAGCCGUCGCUGCAGGAAGCGAUCAAUCUUAAGCUCGUCGAGAGCGGGGAAAAGGAGAAGCUCAAGGAUCUUUUGCGAGAGAGAUUGAUCGAGUGUGGAUGGAAAGACGAAUUAAAAGCACAGUGCCGAGCAUUCACUCGGAAGAGAGGAAGAUCAAACGUAACAAUUGACGAGCUUGUCCGGGCUAUCACUCCUAAAGGACGAGCUUUGGUUCCAGAUGAUGUCAAGGCAGAGCUUUUGCAAAGAAUCCGAACGUUUCUUCUGUCUGUCCAGUUCUGAUAGUAAGUUUAAGAUGCUUCUGUUAAGUUGAUCCUGGCAAUUAGUUGAAUAAUGCUGAAUCUUAAACAUGUCCUUA